UAGGCGAGCCAAUCAAAUCCCUCCUCUGCAAUAGAUCGGUGCUAUAAUACAAAGCAGUAAAAGCGGUCGCCUCACACAAGCGGCUGCAGCUCGACCAGAGAUCCCGUGGCUUUUAAUUCCUUCACCACUUUUUUUUUUUUUCAAACCCUCUUUCGAUGUGCCCCGUUCGUUAUUACCUCAUUUCCGCACCUGCCACAGCAGAGACCGGGCGAACGGCGAAGUAGAGGAGGAGACAAGGGCAUUGCGAGAGCCGGGAAGAGGCAGACGGCGGAGAGACAGCAGCGGCUACUCGUUUGAGAUCUUAUCAAAGGACCACAACAACAAACAAAAAAAAACAACAACAACAACAAAAAGAGAAGAAAAUGCUGCUCUGGACCAGAAUCGUUUUGGUCGGUCUCGUCUGCUUGUCCUUGGUGUCCUCUGGGAUGGGAUGCGGACCGGGCAGGGGCUACGGCAGGAGAAGACACCCGAAGAAGCUGACACCUCUCGCGUACAAGCAGUUCAUCCCCAACGUGGCGGAGAAGACGCUCGGGGCAAGCGGCAGAUACGAAGGCAAGAUCACGAGAACCUCCGAGCGAUUUAAAGAGCUGACUCCCAAUUAUAACACAGACAUCAUAUUCAAGGAUGAGGAGAACACCGGUGCCGACAGGCUAAUGACUCAGAGAUGUAAAGACAAGUUAAACUCUCUGGCCAUCUCGGUGAUGAACCAGUGGCCCGGGGUGAAGCUGCGGGUCACCGAGGGAUGGGACGAAGACGGACACCACUUCGAGGAGUCGCUCCACUACGAGGGCCGCGCCGUGGACAUCACCACCUCGGACCGGGACAAGAGCAAGUACGGCACCCUGUCCCGGCUGGCGGUGGAGGCCGGGUUCGACUGGGUCUACUACGAAUCCAAAGCCCACAUCCACUGCUCUGUGAAAGCAGAAAACUCCGUGGCGGCGAAGUCGGGCGGCUGCUUCCCGGGCUCGUCCACGGUCACCCUGCAGGACGGCACCACGAAGGCGGUCAAACACCUCCAGGCCGGCGACAGGGUGCUGGCGGGAGACGCCGGGGGGAACCCCACGUACACGGACUUCAUCAUGUUCAUCGACCAAGACGCCACGACCAGGCGGCUCUUCCACGUCAUCGAGACCGACUCGGGCCAGAGGAUCGCGCUGACGGCGGCGCACCUCCUCUUCGUCGGCCGCAACGCCACGCGGGGGGGCGGCGGCGGCGGGGGGCGGAUGUCGGCGAUCUUCGCCAGCCAAGUGCGAUCCGGCCAAGAGGUGUUCGUGUACGACGCCGAGCGCCGUCGACUCGAGCCCGUGACCGUGAAACGGAUAUACACGCGGGAGCACGAGGGCUCCUUCGCGCCGGUGACCGUGCAGGGGACCGUGGUGGUGGACCAGGUCCUCGCGUCCUGUUACGCGGUGAUCGAAGACCACGACCUGGCGCACUGGGCCCUGGCGCCCGUCAGGCUCGCCCACUGGGUGUCCUCGUUGCUUUUCAGGUCGCAGCCCCGCGCGGGCGCGCAGAGCGACGGGGUGCACUGGUACUCCAAGGUGCUCUAUCGAGUGGGAACGUGGCUCUUGGACAGCCACUCGAUCCACCCACUUGGGAUGUCAGUGUACUCGAGUUGAAAAACCUCUGCUUCCGGGGAGCAAAAUGAGACUCACACGUAGGACACGCGAACUAUUCAGUAGAAUCAAAUCAAAUCAGAUGAUAAUGAUACAAAAAAAAAAAACAAAAAAAAAAACGAACGAACGAACGAACAAGACAAAGGCCCCGGCGGAGUUGGGAUAUUUAUUUCAGUGACUUUUCCAUGUGUCCCCUUUCAAAGAAUGAAUGGAGCCUUAAAAAGUUUCUCAUUGAAUAAUUUAUUCUCAUGUGAACUCGCUGCUGUGACACAAAUGGAUUCUGAGACGGUGUGAGCAGCAAAAUGUGCAUAUAAUCUAUUUUUGUAUAUCUCAAAUGCAAAAAACAAAACAAAAAAAAAGGCAGAAAAAAAGAAAAAAUGGAAAAGAAAAAAUAUCGCCAUGAGAAAGAAGAAGAUCAUGUAGAAAGGAGCUAAAGUUGACAGGUUGCAAUGUUCAUAUGUGCAUAUAUGUGCAACUGACUGUUAUAUUUUGGGGGGGGGGGGGAAACAAACUUCGCGGGGUUCCAUAAAUUAUAUUUUUAUACACAGAAUUGUAAAUUAGAUUUUGACAGAUCGCUACCGAAUCACAUUUCGUUAUUUGAAAUAGUGUAAGAUAUGAGAAUAUAUUUUAAUUUAAAUACAGUAGUUGGGAAAGUAUUGAAAAAUCUUGUACUGCUUGGUUUAUUAAGAAUUUUAUUAUUUUGGAAAAUGCUCGUUUAAGUUGUCGGAGAGGGACAGAUAUUCUGCCUCAUGUCUGCAUACUCUGCUUUUUCUUUUCUCUUGUGUUUCUAUUUUUCUGUUUUCCUCUGAGAAAAAAAUAUUAAAUGCAGAUUCUGACAAUUCAGUCAAUGUUAAAGUAGUACUGAAACAGUUUCGUUAAAUAAAUUAAUAAGUAACUCAUGUAAAUGUACUAAAAAUGUAUUUUUCUUUUCAUAUUUUGUAAUAGGGAAAUAGUUUUAUAGAAAUGACCUGCGGCAGAUGCAAAGUUUGGAUAGUCUAUAUAGCCAGACCAUAUAGUUAACUUUCAUAACAGGGCGAUGCGUCAAAAAAUGUCUAGAGUUUAUUAUUUAUAUGUUUAUUACAAAAUGAGAUAAAGAAAAUCUUCAAACUUA